AUGGCUCCAUUGCGGGCAGUAUUGCUGCCCGCAAUGGCUGUUUGCGGGCAGCGUGGGCCCCAGGCACAAAAAUGUAAUUUUUGUGGCCUGGGGCACAAAAGGGGAAAUAAUAAUUGGAAAGUGAGUAUCAAAGCAUUAAUGGAAUUAGCAAAGCUCUUAAUUGUUAGCAAAAUUAAGAGGGACUUACCAAAUCGUUUGAUUUUCAAAGAGGAGUAUCAAACUAUUUAUAGAGAGAUCGGGUUGAAGUAUGGAGUGAAUUACUCGGAAAAUGAGAUACUCAACAGAUACAGAAGAGCUUACGAGCAGCCUUGGGGCAGAUCCCGGCUUAGAUAUGUAAAUGAUGGAAGACCUUUCUGGCAAUAUAUAGUCAGUUCUUCUACUGGCUGCUCAGAUUCUCAAUAUUUUGAAGAGCUCUAUAACUACUAUACCACGGAACAGGCUUGGCACCUUUGCGAUCCGGAUGCUGAGAAAGUAUUUAAGGCUCUCAGAAAAGCAGGGGUUAAGUUGGCUGUCGUAUCAAAUUUUGACACCCGCCUUAGACCAGUCCUGCAGGCUUUACAUUGUGAUUAUUGGUUUGAUGCUGUAGCAGUUUCAGCUGAGGUUGCAGCAGAAAAGCCAAAUCCAACAAUUUUUCUUAAAGCCUGUGAGCUGUUAGGAGUCAAACCUGAGGAUGCUGUGCAUGUUGGUGAUGAUCGUAGAAAUGAUAUAUGGGGUGCAAGAGAUGCAGGCUGUGACGCUUGGCUCUGGGGAAGUGACGUCCAUUCCUUUAAGGAGGUUGCCGAAAGGAUAGGGGUGAAGGUUUAAGAGGAUUUCCGUAAGCAAGAAAGCGAAAGGUUUUUAUGCAUGUACAGGUGUUUGUAUUACUCUUAGGAAGAGGCUUGUGUAUAUAGUGUCCUGGGUGUGUUUUGUAGAGGGAGAACUGAGGCUAUGUA